CCGGCGGCCCUUCUUCCUCUUCUUUUGCUGUUUUCUUGCGCCUGGCUGCUCGGUUGUCUUGCUCGUUGUGUCGCGUCUGUCCCCCUGGCCGCCCAGCUGCCUCACCUCUUCCCGGUUUUUAACGCAUUUUUUCCUCGCGGUCUCGCUUAUUGUUUGUGCUUCUGCUUCGCAGCCUUAGCGCAACUUUGCGCUCUUUCGCUGGUCGCCCCCGCAGCCUAUGGCCCUGGAAGGCGCCGCUGCCGCCGCCUGUAUUUCUGCUGUAGGUUCCCACAUCACUCUUUAAAAAUUCCGCCUAAAAAGAGAAGACGAUUUACCAAAUCUUUCGGGCCGUUGUCCCACGAUGGAGACCGUAUGCACGUUGCUCUCGGGUUUCCCAGUACGUGUGGUUGCUGCUCUGUGUCUUCGUUUCUCGCUUCCUCCGCACACUUGAGCGGUGAGGACCUGAGCUUCAACCCGAACAGGUGAUCAAAGUAAAGGAAGACAUGCCACAUAAGGUGUCCACAAAGAGUGGAAGAAAAAGCCAGUUGUCAUCCACACGUAUGAGACCCAACUGAUGUGAUUCUGCUACAGAUCUCAUGCGUAUUUUCUCAGAAGUCAACAUUUCUUUGAGUCCUGUGGGGCAUACUUACAAGUUUUUCAACAUCUGCAUGAAAUUUACCUCAAGAUGUGGAGUGAAGUGUCACCAAUAUGCAGAUGGAACCUAUGGUCUUUUCCUCCAAUACAGAUGGGGCUGCUGAUCUGCUUGGGCAGGGUAAUAGGGCAAACUCUCUGACCAGGUUUACAACUAUCCAGAGGGUUUAGGAGAAGUGCUUUAUCGAGAACAGUUCGACUUCAACGCUGAGCCACCUUGGGAACCUAGCUGAUGAUAGUAGGGUUCCAUCUCCUAACUUGUCCAUUUUGUUGCAUAAUUUAAGGACCCAGCUCUAAGGCUUUGUGGCCCGUCCCUUGUGUUUCUUGGUUUAUGACUGUCGGCUUUGCGGAAUACGGCUGAGAUGAAAGGACUUCUUGAGGAUGCAAACUACUCCAUUGGCUUGCUGGAUGAAGGAGUAAAUGUUGGAGAUGUCAUUGACAACUAUGUUUAUGAACAUACUCUUACCGGAAAAAACACUUUUUUUGUUGGUGAUCUGGGAAAGUUGCUUAAACAACAUAUUCACUGGCAGAAUGUGAUGGCACCAAUAAAGCCCUUUUACAACAUAAAAUGUAAUUCUACUCCAGGUGUACUUGAGAUACUGGCAGCUCUUGGAACUGGGUUUGCAUGUUCAAGUAAAGCUGAAAUGGUACUGGUUCAAGACUUGGGGAUUUCUCCUGAAAACAUUAUAUUCACAAGUCCUUGCAAGCAAGCCUCUCAGAUAAAAUAUGCGGCAAAAAUUGGAGUGAACACAUUGACAUGUGACAAUGAACUAGAAUUAAAGAAAAUUGCUAGAACUCAUCCAAAUGCAAAGCUCUUACUUCAUAUUGCCACAGAAGACAUUAAUGGAGAUGAAGAGAUGAACAUGAAGUUUGGCACCACCCUGAAGAACUGUCGGCAUCUCAUGGAAUGUGCAAAGGAGCUGAAUGUCCAAAUAGUUGGUGUUAAAUUUCACGUGUCAAAAACUUGCAAAGAACCUCAAGUAUACAAGCAUGCUAUUUCUGAUGCUCGCUGUGUCUUUGAUAUGGCCGAAGAAUUUGGCUUUACCAUGAACAUGUUGGACAUUGGUGGUGGCUUCACAGAUUAUGAUCUUGAUCUUGAAGAGGUUAAUCAUGUUGUCAGUCCAUUGCUCGAUAUCUACUUUCCUGAAGAAUCUGGUGUAAAUGUGAUUGCGGAGCCUGGAUGCUAUUAUGUUUCAUCUGCAUUUACUCUAGCAGUUAAUAUUAUUGCAAAGAAAGGUGUUCAAUCUGAUGACCCUCUUCUCUCUAAAAUGGAACACAGCCAAGAUGAUGAACCAGUCUUCAUGUACUACAUAAACGAUGGUGUUUAUGGUUCUUUUGCAAGCAAAUUAUCUGAGAAUUUGACCACUAUUCCAGAGGUUCACAAGAAAUACAAGGAAGAUGAGCCUCUGUUUGUAAGCAGCCUUUGGGGUCCAUCCUGUGAUGAGCUUGAUCAAGUUGUGGAAAACUGUCUUCUCCCUGAGCUGAAUGUUGGAGACUGGCUGCUCUUUGAGAAUAUGGGUUCUGGUACUUUGGGUGAACAAUCUGUUUUUAAUGACUUCCAAAGGCCACCAGUUUAUUACAUAAUGUCAGUCAGUAAUUGGUGUGAAAUGCAAGACGCUGGAUUCACCUCUGACACACUGAUGAAGAAUUUCUUCUUCGUGCCUUCUUGCAUUCAGCUGAGCCCUGAAGACCGCUUUUCUGUUGCAGCUUAAACAAGCAUUAAUGUUUCAUUUAGCCUUGCAGUUGCACGUCUGUAGUCUUGUCUGGUCACAACAUUCCAGUUUGGAAGGAAAAUGAAACAACCUUGAAUGAAUUUUUGAAACUUGAAAUCAAUUGGGACCAGGCAAAACUAACAACAACUAUAAUUUCCUGGGGGAGUAAGGGUUAAAUAAUAGAGAUUUAAACAUGUUGGAUCACUCAGUCCCUCAGCAUUUAAAUAAUAUGCAACAAAAUGGAUGACUUAGUUGAGAUGGAAACCCAUCACUUGGGUUCUCUAUUAAACAGUUUACAUACAAGUACAGUUUUUAUACUAAGGAUUUCUGUUAGAAAGUCUUGUAAAGUUGUCUUUCCCCCAGAUAAAUAAAAUGUCAGUGGGAAACAAGUGUGACUUCAUUAGCUAUGUUUAGUGUAUUUAGGAUGUGUAAAUUUGUGCUUUGAACUGUAGUUUAAUAAAUGUAAAAUUGCAUCAUAGUAUUUGUUGUAUUUCACCCUUGCCAUACCCACCCUUGUAUGAUUGCAAUAACUUUUUGUGUAGACUUUACUGUCCCCACCCCAAGCUAAUGGAAGUCUAAGCAGCAAUGAUAAUUUAAGCACAGAAGGGCACAAAGUACUUGAUUAAAAGGCCUUCACAAGUUAACUGACAGACCCUUAAUAACUAAAAUUAAGCUGAAAAGCACUAACUUCAGUUAAAAUACACUUAGACUAAAUACUCUUAAAUGUUACACUUGUGAGCCAACAGAUACCAAAAGACAACCCCAUAAGAAGUAAUCAAACUUAAACAAGAAGUGGAAUUAUUGUUCUAUUCUUUUGGCUAUUGAAAGCAAAACUAAUUCUCAACCCAUUUGAGAGUAAAACCAAUUUGAUUCCAAAGGGCUUAACUUUCCACAUAGCAUUGGAUUGCAAAUCUUGAACUUCCCAAAAAAAGGUUAUGAUUGGCAUUCAGAAACUAAUCAGACAGAAGACUUAGCAAGGGAAAUAUUGAAGCUUUUACUCAUUGUUACUUAGACUCCUCCCACUCUUUGAUUAUUAAUUUUAAUUUAUUUUGCUAACCUAGUAGCCUUGGAAGCAAUUUUUGCAAUGCACCAAGCCAGAAUUAAGUUGAAAAUGAAGAUUAGUAUUUCUAAUUUGUUGAUGUGAAAUGGGCUGCCAAGUGCUAAUGCAUCUAUACUAGUGCCAAUUGGCAGGAUUUCUUUCCACCUCAGUUCAGUGGAGUUAAAUUAAAGGCUUAGGAAAUACUCCCUUCAGGCUGAUCAUUCUACAGUAACAGGUACUAUAUUUAAUAUGGUUUUUACUUGUGUGAAUAGUUUCUACAGCUAACUCUAAUACACCUGAGUAUAGAAUAUAGCUGUAAACAUUAAAAGCACAAAUGAAAAAAAUACACAUUUCAGUUUUCCAAUUGAGAAAAAAACUAUAUUUAACAUUUUGAUCCAAUAUCUCUCACAAUUCUGUCACACACAAAAGGGGAAUUGUCUUAUCUCUCAAGCCUCUUUAAAGAUGCCCUGGAUUCUGCUAUAAAGUUUUUAGAACUGUUGUGAGUUUAACUGACUCCACUCUGAAUGGUACAGUCACCUUGGAAAUGUCUGUAUUGUACUUGACAGUUGCCAUGAACUUGGUAUGUAUUUGAAUUUAUAUGCGAAAACCUAUCUUCUGUUUACAAUAUUGUAAUAUCAGUUUUGGAAUAAUUCAAAUAUAAAACUGAAUGAUUUCUAUAUAGCAAAUAA